AUGAAUGCACUCAAUAGGCAAAUAAACCGUUAAAGAACAUUUUAAGUUCUAAAAAAAAAAAAGUUAAAUAAUCAACAUCAAGUUUAAAUAUAAAAUAAAUUUUCUAAUAUAAAAAAUUAAAAAGUAAGAAAACGAAUUAGAGCCUUUGAAAUAACACAAUCAGAGAAAAAAAGAAAAGUAUUCUAAAAACCUGUAAAAAUUUUAAUCAAAAGCAAUGUAUCAAGUGUGGCAUCUCCGAAUAAUUAAUCACCAUAAAGGAUAUUCUCGCCUACAAAAAAAAAGAUUUUAAUAACAAGAAUCAGGUUGGCAAAUUAAAUAAAAAUGGUUUAUUAAAUAAGAGCUAUAUUAUUUCUUCCUAGUCAAAUAAUCAUCAAUUAUAAUAACAAAAAUAAGAUAUUUAAGAUAAAAAUAAUUAAAAAGGUGGAUUAUAAAAAAAAAUUUGAGAAGAAAAGUGAUUGGUUAUUUAAUUAUCUAAAUAAUUAAAAGAAUAUAAUCACCAUUGAAGAAAAAAUAAACAGAUGCUUCAAAUAAAGUAACCCGCGACUUUUUUUUGAUUUUGAUUUAUAAGGAUAUGAUUUAUAAAAAUACAUUAAAAAUAUAAGGGUUACAUUAUACGAAACAUCGUAUGUUACAGAUGAUAAUCAAAAUAAAAAAUACACUUAAGAUAUUCUUAAGAUGAUUUGA